CGUCGUCGUUUCACUUUUAAUAAAAAAAAGAAAACAGGUUAAGGUCUUAGCCAAAAAAAGAAAGAAAUAUUAUUCAGAAAACAUCAUUUUGUGUAAGAAGAAAAUACUCCAAACAAACCACAAACACUUUUUCUUCUCCGUUUCUCUCUCUCUCUCUCUCUCUCUCUGCUUUUCGGUUCAACUUUUUCUCUCUCUCACUCUCCGGCCGAUCUCUCCCAUUCUCAAACUUUGUUUCAGAUACGGUGCCGUUCCGAUCUUCACGCAUGGUUUACUGAUUACUUCUGUACACCUCAUCUUCAUCUUCUGCCAUGGCUUGAAGUCUACUCUUCCAUUUUCCCCGGUGUUUUUGCAAGCAAUCUCUCAGCGGUGUUUUUCUUCCAAGUUUCCAGCUUUCCUUAAUAUUUUUUUUUCCCCCAAUUCUCAAUCUUCAAGCUGCUUUCUUUGAUUUGAAUUCCCUUCUUGGAUAAUCCAUUUCCCCUGACAUUAUUUAUUUGUUUAUUUAUUCAGUUUACUGUUUGGGAACCUGGAAAAAUCCUUACUUUCUUUGUAAUCUAUCCGAUCUUGAUUUUUAGUGUGUGUGAGAGAGAAAGAGAUUCAGAUCUCGAUCCACCUUAGAAUCAGAAAAAAUUUCCGGAGCUGAAUUUCUCAGCUGAAAUCUCGAAAAAAGCUCCUUUUGUUCAUUUUUUUAUUUUUUAUAAGUCCAUGAAGAACACUUACAAGUGCAAAGCUACUAUAAGUGCUGUAAUUUUAGCGUUCUUGAGCUUCUCAAUCCAUGUAGUUUUCGCCGCCAAUUACGUUCCGGCCGACGAGUACUUCCUCAACUGCGGUGGACCCAACGGCGAAACACCCGGCCAGAAAUGGACCUCCGAUAUCGCUUCGAGCUUUCUACAGAAAUCUGGGAGCUCCACGGCGGCGAAAGCUUCCACGCAAGACCCUUCAGUCUCCGAAGUCCCUUAUAUGACCGCUAGGGUUUUCAGCUCCGUCUUCACUUACAGUAUUCCGGUGGGCCCGGGCCGGAAAUUCGUUCGCCUCUACUUUUACCCGGUUUCCUACGACAACCGGAACGCCUCCAACGCAGUCUUCACCGUCACGGCUCAGUCCUACACACUUCUCAAGAAUUUCAGUGCUUUUCAAACUACACAAGCUUUGAACUACGUUUCCCUUGUGAAGGAGUAUUCAGUCUACGUAGAAGGUGAUAAAUUGGAUAUUUCUUUCAAGCCAGAAUCUAAAAUUUCCAAUUCUUAUGCUUUUGUUAAUGGGAUUGAAGUUGUGUCAAUGCCUGAUAUUUAUAGUACCACUGAUGGAACCACCAAGAUUGUGGGUCAAGAUUCACCUUUUAUUAUUGAUAACACUACUGCUCUUGAGAAUGUGUAUCGUUUAAAUGUCGGAGGAAAUGAUAUAUCGCCGGACAAAGAUACGGGGAUGUUCCGGUCGUGGUAUGAUGACACAAAUUAUAUAUAUGGAGCAGCUUUUGGUGUUCCUGAGACAGCUGAUCCAAACUUGACAAUCACCUAUCCUGAUGGUAUGCCUUCUUAUGUUGCACCGCUUGAUGUUUAUUCCACUGCCAGAUCAAUGGGGCCGAAUGCGCGGAUCAAUUUGAAUUACAAUUUGACUUGGAUUCUUUCGAUAGACUCGGGCUUUUCAUACUUGGUUAGGCUCCAUUUUUGUGAGGUUGCUUCUAACAUAACCGAUAUCAAUCAAAGAGUGUUUGAUAUCUUCCUCAAUAAUCAAACUGCACAGGAGGGGGCCGAUGUCGCAGGAUGGGCAAAUAGGCAUAACGGGGUUCCAGUAUAUAAGGAUUACGUGGUUUUUGCUCCAACUGGGGAUCCACAACAGGAUAUGUGGCUUGCAUUGCAUCCAAACACUGCUUCAAAGUCGCAGUUCUAUGAUGCCAUUUUAAAUGGAGUGGAGGUAUUCAAGCUUAAUGAUACAACUGGUAAUCUUGGAGGGCUAAAUCCUACCCCUCUUCCUGUACAGGACGAAAUUGAACCAUCAACACCUUCAUCUGGUAAUAAUAAACCAAAGAGUCAGAAAGCGAUUAUCGCUGGUGGUGUAAGUGGUGGAAUUGUUUUAGCCCUUGUUCUUGGUUUCCUUGCUAUAUUUGUGUCACGACGCCGCAGGUUAAGGAAGGACUCUAGUGGAAGUGAAGGGCCAUCCGGAUGGCUCCCACUUUCUCUAUAUGGAAAUUCACACUCUGCAGGUUCUGCCAAGACAAACACAACAGGAAGUUACGCAUCAUCCCUUCCUUCAAACCUUUGUCGCCAUUUCUCCUUUGCUGAGAUCAAGGCUGCCACCAACAACUUUGAUGAAGCCCUGCUCCUUGGGGUCGGAGGUUUUGGCAAGGUUUACAAGGGUGAAAUUGAUAAUGGAACAACCAAAGUUGCAAUUAAGCGUGGGAAUCCACUGUCUGAGCAAGGUGUGCACGAGUUCCAGACUGAGAUUGAAAUGCUCUCAAAGCUUCGUCAUCGCCAUCUUGUUUCUCUAAUUGGGUAUUGUGAAGAAAACUGUGAAAUGAUCCUUGUUUAUGAUUACAUGGCUUAUGGGACAUUGCGUGAGCAUCUUUACAAGACUCAAAAGCCCCCAUUGCCAUGGAAGCAAAGGCUUGAGAUAUGCAUUGGAGCUGCCCGUGGUUUACACUAUCUCCACACGGGUGCCAAGCACACUAUUAUCCACCGAGAUGUUAAGACAACUAACAUUCUUUUGGAUGAGAAAUUUGUGGCAAAGGUUUCAGAUUUCGGCUUGUCGAAAACAGGUCCUGCAUUGGAUCACACGCAUGUCAGCACUGUUGUGAAAGGUAGUUUUGGUUAUCUGGAUCCUGAGUAUUUCAGGCGGCAACAACUCACUGAUAAAUCCGAUGUUUACUCAUUUGGGGUUGUGCUUUUCGAGGUAUUGUGUGCUCGCCCUGCCCUGAACCCAACACUUCCAAAGGAGCAGGUGAGCUUGGCAGAGUGGGCUGCACAUUGCCACAAGAAAGGCAUCCUUGAUCAGAUCAUGGACCCUUAUUUGAAGGGGAAGAUUGCACCAGAAUGUUUCAAGAAGUUUGCUGAGACAGCAAUGAAAUGUGUCAAUGAUCAGGGCAUUGAAAGACCAUCCAUGGGAGAUGUUCUGUGGAACCUUGAGUUUGCUUUGCAGCUACAAGAGAGUGCAGAGGAGAGUGGCAAGGGCAUUGGGGGAAUGGACAUUGAGGAGGAACCAUUCAUGCCCUGUAAAGGGAAGAAGGACCCUGACAUAUCUCCGGGUUUUGAUGGUACUGUGACAGACUCGAGAAGCAGUGGUAUGAGCAUGAGCAUAGGCGGUCGGAGCCUAGCAAGCGAAGACUCCGAUGGUUUGACGCCGAGUGCUGUGUUUUCACAGAUCAUGAAUCCAAAAGGUCGUUAAGAUAACAAGUCAUUUGCGUUUGCCAUUGCCAACCUGUAAGGCGAUUUGCAAUUUCCUCUUUUGUCAAACAAAAAGAAAUCAAAUUUGGUUUUCUCAUCAUCACUAUUCAAUUACUUACUGUUCUUUUUUAUUUGAGCAUCUGAUAUGUUUUAAUCAAACUUAGUUGUAAUUUGUAUCUAAAAUUGCGCGGAAGAGUGUAAAAUAAUAUUUUUUAUUACUAUUGCUUUGGCAGAGAAA